AUGAGGAACUUCUUCGAGAUUAUUCUACGCUACGCAGCGCUCUGCAUUUCUCUGCAUUCCACCUCACGUAGCCUCAGGGCUACCAAGGCGAAGCCCAAAAUGACAACUCCAGUCACCGAGCGGCCAGAGCCAACAUACAACAUGGACAGCGCCCAACCGCCGCAAAAUCCUCGCCAGCGCUCAUCGGAUGAGGACGGCACAGUGGUGGGAGAAGCUCUGAGCCAACAACACUCAAAUACACAAGAUCAUGCCGCCUACAUGCCUGGAUAUUCCCGGCCACGAUCGGGAACCCAUCUGACCGUAGAGACUGCACACGACAUGCACCACAUGAAAUCCAUGAAAUCGCCCUCGCAGACGCGUGAGCAAGCGAGCCGACUCAACGAUGACUUGGCCGUACUUGCCAUUGAACAGCAGCUCAACGCCGAAGAGGCAAUAGAGCGGAAUCCAUCGCUCAGCCACUCCAUGUCACGCGUACGAUCCCGUCGCGAGAAUCUCAUUGAUGAAUUUGACGCGGCCACCAAUCCAAUUCACGAGCAGGCGGCGAGGUACAAGGCCCCGGAGAAUCCUUCUACUAGCUUCUCAAAGUUUGUCAAAAAGGUCCACGGGUCCUCGUGGCUGAUUAGGUACUUUACCUACAUCACUCCCCUCGUCAUCCUCAUCCUCAUACCAUUGCUUCUCGGCGCAUUGGUAUUCGAGGAUGCGCAUGUUGGCGGAGUCGAGCUUACCUGGUUUUCCAUUUGGCUGAUGAUCGUGUGGUUGACAUUGUGGGCGGGCAGAGUGCUGGCGAAGCUGCUUCCGUGGCCAAUUGGUCUUGUUUCAAGUUUGUUUACCAACAACAGCAAAAAGUGGAGAGACAUGGGGAAGCAACUCGAACUGCCAGCGACACUAUUCUUCUGGUGGCUAGCCAUUGAAAUCUCCUUCCUUCCCACCGUCACUCGACACUCGAUCGACGGCGAUAGAUCAGUGAAGCCAUGGCAGAGGACGAUGAACAAGGUGCUGGUCUCAUUCCUCGUCGGCUUUUCCCUGAAUUUCAUUGAGAAAAUCAUCAUUCAGCUCAUCGCCAUCAGCUUCCAUCUCCGGACCUAUCAAGAUCGAAUUGAACUGAACAAGUUUCAAAUUGGUAGUCUCGCAAAGCUUUACAGGUUCUCCAAAGAAAAAAUUGAAAUGGAAGACUCCGAGUUCGAGCAAAGCAGCAACAGUCCGACUGGUGCACGGACACCAGGCCAGCUGGUAUCGGAAGCCCAAAAGAAUAUCAAGUCUGGAUUCAAUAAAUUUGGAGACAUUGCCGGAAAGGUCGCCGGAGACUUCGCUGGCCGCCAAGUGACUUCGAACCGUCACCCCCACCAGGUCGUGCUACAGCUCAUCGGUACUACCAGUGGCGCUCAAGUUCUCGCACGUCGUCUUUAUCGCACUUUUGCUCGUGAAGAGACGGAGACUGUUCAUUCCGAGGACCUAAAGAACGCUUUCGAAAGCGACGAGGAGGCAGACGCCGCGUUCUCCAUGUUUGACAAGGAUAUGAAUGGGGAUAUUUCCAUGGAAGAGCUGGAAGCAGUCUGUGUCGAGAUUGGUCGUGAACGCAAAUCCAUCACCGCCUCGCUCAAGGAUCUCGAUAGCGUCGUGUCAAAACUGGACGACGUCUUUGUAUUCAUUGUGGUCAUCAUCACAAUCAUUGUCUUCGUCUCGCUCAUCUCAACUUCAGCUUCCGGUGUCCUUGCCUCCGCCGGCUCAACACUCCUGGCUCUGUCCUGGCUAUUCUCCGCGACCGCACAAGAAUUCCUCCAGUCAUGCGUCUUUGUGUUCAUCAAGCACCCGUACGAUGUCGGCGACCGUGUCCUGGUGUACGGCAAUACUGGUGACUUGGGCAAAGGCGACGACUACUUCGUCAAGGAGAUCGCCCUAUUCUACACCGAGUUCAAGAAGAUGCAAGGCCACAUUGUUCAGGCACCCAACAGCUACCUGAACACUCUGUUCAUUAUGAAUCACAGGCGUUCUGGUGCCUUGGCUGAGGCUAUUCCCAUCAUCAUCAAGUUUGGCACAACACUGGAACAGAUUGAACGCCUGCGUGAUAUGCUCUUGGCUUUUGUCACUGCAGAAAAGCGUGAAUACCAAACCAACAUUCUCACAGAGCUACGAGCGGUGCAAGAAGUACACUGGCUAGAGUUGAACGUGGUCUUCUUCUACAAGUCUAAUUGGCAGAACGAGUUGCUCCGUCUCCAGCGUCGCAACAAAUUCAUCUGCGCGCUCACCAUGGCAAUCCAAGAGUGCGGUAUUGAAGGACCUCGUAUGCGCUACCCCGGCCAGAAGGAGUCCUUCCCCGUCUACAUGCAGAAUCUUCAGAACCCCCCUACACCUGGGGUGGGUGUCAAUGGCACUCCUGACAAUCCCAAUGGCAACAUCAGGAAUGAGGCACAAGACGCGCCAUUUGUGCCCCCAGUGGACGGAAACACAGACUCUCCUUCUGUAGCCAGCAUGCCCGGUCGUCACGGCUCUAUACUCCGUCGACCAGGGUCCAAUCGCUCUCGCGCCGAGUCACUUGCAGCAAUGGGUCGCCGUGUCGACUUCUCACUCGGUAUGAAGUCCAUGGGUCUAGACGACCCUGGCGGCGAUGUCCUGGAUGAUCGCGAAAACGAAAGCCGCACACGUGCAACCGUCGUCCGCGUUACAUCGCCCUCGCGCUCCCAAGACCGUGCUCGCCAAUCCGAAGACAGCGCGCACUCUACCUCGAUUCAACGCGUUGGCACGAAUGCUAGCUCCGUCACCCGCGAACGGGUGCAUAAGAACCGCUUCUUCAGCCGCAAUCGCGGGAAUGACGAGGAGUCUAGUAUGGGCAUCAUCCCAGAAGCUGAUACGCCUCCCGGUGGACAGAAACUGGAUCCAAGGACUGGCUUGCUCAGCACGAGGGCAGUGACGAGUAGUCAUGAUGAUUCGUCUGUCGCAGCGUCGGGUGCGUUGCCUGAGACGGCGGAUUCUGAGAAGGCGUUUGCGAAGCCGUCGAGGAGUCAGACGGAUCAGUAUGAGAUGAGAAGAUUUCGCCGUUAG